GCCACUGCCAGCAACGUUUUUAAGCGGAAACCGCCAUAGACAGACAAAUUUUCGAUAAGAGUUUUUGAUUUGGUAAAAAUCAUUGGCUCGUAAAACCUAAAACCCUUUUCUUCUCUUCCAUUCAAAUCCCAAAAUCCCUCUAAAAUAUUUUCUGUUUGAUUUUCCUUCCCACCCUCCACUUUGGUUUUCGUUGUUCCAAUCUACUUGUGUUGGGGGAUUUUGGUUACUGCUGUCUCUUGAUCUCUGACUUAUGGAACGUCCCGAGGAGGAGCAGGAUCGAAUCGUUCCUAUUGGUAUGUUCUCUGCAUCUUGUUUUGACCACUAAUUAAUUGUUUGGUUUCCUUUUUCUAGUUUCGAAUUCGUGAAAACCGUCUGUUCUUUUGCGGAAUCGUGCCAUGUCAACUUCCGGAUUGGAGAAAGAUCUCUAAGGCCAGAUAACCUUAAAGAGCCGCAACUCUCACCCAAAGGUGCAAGGAUUGCAUCAUCAAAUCCUUCUCCAAAUGCAGUCAUUAUUGGACCAUCAAGGGAUGCCAUAGAGCAAAAAGUAUCUAUGGAUGCAGGAACAAGUAUUAGCAAUGUUCAUCCUGUGAAUGUUUAUGCUUCACAUGAACCCAAUGUACAAUAUGGUGGAUAUGGUGGAAGUAGUACUGGUGCUUGGGAUGCUUAUUCACAAUAUGUAAAUGCCGAUAGUUUUCCUGUUGUAUCGCCAGUCAUGUACAAUGAUAGUCCAUCUAUUGUUUUUCAUUCUGGUUAUGGCUUCAAUCCAGAUAUGGCAUAUGGACAAUAUUCACCGGUUGCUACUCCUAUGCCUUCUGUUAUGUUAGAUGGACAACUAUAUUCUCCUCAACAAGUUCCGUUCUCCCCAUCAUACUACCCACAGCAAGCGGCACCUGGUUUGCCUCACGUAUCUUCAGCAGUUCCUGUUUCACCAACGGAGAUGAUACCACCAGAGAGUAGUACAUUCGAGAACAUGCUUUAUGGACCAGGAACAGGUUUUUUGCUAAAUUUUGGAUCCUUUGGUGGGGGAAAUCUUGGUUCAGGCUCUUUAACGUCUCCAGGAGCUUAUCCACAACCGAUGGGAAUGCUUGGAUCAAAUGAUCAGAAUGUUGGGCAGGUUUCUCUGCAACAGAGACCUAUGCAUGGAUUUGGAUUGGUUUCAAGUGCCUUUGAUGCUCGGUACCCGUUAAGCAGUUCUUAUCAAGGCUCUAACUUUGGUGGUGCAUCCAUUUCAUAUCCAGUUGUGAAUGAUCGUAGCCGGCUUACCCUUGAGAAGGACAGAGGAAGAGACAGGGAUCGGGACUCAAUUUCACUUUUUAAUGAUCCACAUGGCAUCUUUAGUGACCGUAAUCGGGGGCCAAGAGCUUUGAAGGCCAAGGGAAAAGGCGAACUAAGUACUGCAUCAGGUGCAAGCAAAAAUGAUUUAUCAACUUCAUCAAUUAGUCCUGAUUCCUACAAUCGGCCAGAUUUUGCAACAGAUUAUGAGAUUGCAAAGUUUUUCAUUAUUAAGUCAUUUAGUGAAGAUAAUGUUCAUAGAAGUAUCAAGUACAAAGUUUGGGCUAGUACGCCACAUGGUAACAAGAAACUGGAUGCUGCUUACCGUGAGGCAAAAGAGAUGCAAGGAAAUUGUCCAGUUCUCCUCUUUUUCUCUGUUAAUGCUAGUGGUCAAUUUUGUGGUGUAGCUGAAAUGAUUGGACCUGUUGACUUUGAGAAAAAUGCAGAUUACUGGCAGCAGGAUAGGUGGAGUGGGCAAUUUCCUGUCAAGUGGCAUAUUAUCAAAGAUGUUCCUAAUAUUAGAUUUCGUCAUGUUUUACUUGAAAAUAAUGAUAACAAACCUGUUACGCACAGCAGAGAUUCUCAGGAGGUGCCGCUGAAACAAGGUCUUGAGAUGUUGAAAAUUUUCAAGGACCAUGAUCCUCGAACAUCUAUUAUAGAUGAUUUUGAUUUCUAUGAUGAGCGGGAGCGGAUUUUGAAAGAAAGGAAAACAAGACAGCAGCUAUUUUCAACUGCAAAUUCUCUAAAUUCACUUCCUGAUGGUUCUGUUAGCUCAAUUUCUGAUCAGUUUGCUCAAGCCCUGCGACUUGAUGAUAGUAAGAAAGAGAAACCAGAAAUUGAAAAGGGUGCAACGUCUAGAAUAGAUGCUUCAGUUUCACUUGAUGAUGAUCCGGUAAAGUAAACUUCUGAGACUUAUUUGAGUCUGAGUAUCAAGAAAGUCCAAUCAUCUGAAAGUGGACAUGGUUAGCAGAAUUGAGUAUUUUGCCGUAAGAUUGGACUCCUUUGAUUCCUUCAAGCAUUUAGAUGAACAAGUUUGAUAGGUAUUUGGCAUCUUGAGACACCCUUUGUGACUGAUUUUCUGUUCUCGAAUAGCUGAUAACAUCUGAGGCAGUAUUUUGGAAAUCUAUAGCAGUGAAGAUGAUAUCUGACGCUUUUUACCAUUUUUUCAUGUUCAAUUGCCCAAAGCAGCUGGAGGAAAAUUGACUACUUGCGCUUGGCAAGAAGCUUUUCUGAUUAAAUAUUGCUUAAUUUGCAUUGAAUUUUCCCUGAUUUAUUCCCUUGGAAGGCGUUGAUGACAUUUCUCAAGUGGAAGGAUUUUGUGGUGGAUGUUUCUGAAAAGGGGUUGGGGUUGGGGUUAGUUGGGUUGGGUUUUAUGUAGCAUGUGUGCAGUGAGUAGAUUAUGUUUGCAUUUCUUAUCGAUAGCUCGGGUGCUGGGUAUUUACAAAGUUACCCUUUUGGUGAAGCAGAUUAAUAAAGGCAUUAUCAAAAUUUCAUUGUUUUAGGGAGUUGACAUGUUUUAUUUGAUAUUUCCUUAUGGGGGGUUGUAUCUUUAGUAAGUCCAGGGGCAGCUGCUGUGAAUUUUACAACAGAGGAGAGGAUUAUUUAACUUGAGUGGCCACUUUGUGUUUUUCUUUUUCUUUUCUUUUUUUUCUUUUUUUUUUUUUUAAUUGUCUGAUAUGGUAUUCUAGAUGUCUCUAUAUCACAAGGAACUUCUGAAGGAGCUAGGGAGAUAGGUUUUGUGAGAUUACUCUGAAGAAUUGUAAUCUGCUGUUAAAUUGUACAACAAUUACUCCCUCUUUUAUGUCAAUUUCUCUUUUUCCUGCUCA